AUGAGUGGAAGAGUCGGGGACCUCAGUCCUAAACAAGAAGAGGCCUUAGCCAAGUUCCGUGAGAAUGUAAAGGACCUUCUACCUCAGCUCCCCCCAUACUCCCAAGAUGACCAUUUUUUACUACGAUGGCUCAGAGCCCGAUGCUUUAACCUGCAGAAAUCAGAGAGUAUGCUCCGAAAGCAUGUGGAGUUUCGGAAGCACAUGGAUUCUGACAGAGUGCUGGAGAACUGGCAACCUCCAGAGGUAGUCCAGAAGUACUUAUCCGGGGGGUUGUGUGGUUAUGAUCAAGAAGGCUCUCCUAUUUGGUACGAUGUCAUUGGGCCCCUGGAUCCCAAAGGGAUGCUGUUUUCUGCUUCCAAACAGGACCUCAUCAAGACAAAAAUGAGAGAUUGUGAACGUAUGCAUCUGGAAUGCCGACUGCAGACUGAGAAGCUGGGGAAAAAAGUUGAAGAAGUUGUGAUGAUCUAUGAUGUGGAAGGUUUGGGACUUAAGCAUCUAUGGAAACCAGGGGUGGAUUUGUAUGGAGAGGUCUUGAAAAUGUUUGAAGAUAAUUAUCCAGAGGCAUUGAAGAGACUUUUUGUAAUUAAAGCUCCUAAACUCUUCCCAGUGGCAUAUAAUCUUAUCAAACAUUUCCUGAGUGAAGACACAAGAAGAAAGAUCAUUGUAGUAGGAGAAAACUGGAAAGAAGUACUUCAGAAAUAUAUAGAUGCAGAUCAGGUGCCCAAGUACUAUGGAGGAACUCUAACAGACCCUGACGGUGAUCCAAAAUGUAAAUCCAAGAUAAAUUAUGGAGGAGAUGUCCCUAAGUCCUACUAUGUGAGAGACCAAGUGCAGCAGAACUAUGAGAAUAAUGCAACAAUCAACAGAGGAUCCAGCCAGCAAACGGAGUAUGAGAUACUGUUUCCAGGUUGUGUGCUCAGGUGGCAAUUCCAGUCUGAUGGUGGUGAUAUUGGGUUUGGGGUUUUUCGAAAGACCAAGGCAGGGGAAAGACAGAAGGCUGGAGAAAUGGCUGAGGUGGUGCCAAAUGAAAGGUACAAUGCACAUAUGGUACCAGAAGAUGGAAGCUUGACCUGCGCUGAGGCUGGAACAUAUGUGCUUCGCUUUGACAAUACAUACAGCUUCAUUCAUGCCAAGAAGAUAAGCUUCACUGUGGAAGUCCUGCUGCCAGACCGCAGCUCUGAAGAGAAGAUACAGAAGCUAGAAGAAAAGCUGGAAACCAGCCUCAGCCUCUAA